AAGAGUCGCCGGUCCGAAGAUCUGACGGUGAGUGUUAAAACAGUAGAAGAAGAAGCAUCAUCCAUUCUCCCCACGAGGACCAGCAUGUCUCCUCCAGGAGGGAAAAUAAACAGGCCGAAAACGGAACUCGGCAGGAAUCUGAACAAGCGGCGGCGAGUUCUGAGCAGAGAGAAGAGGAAGAGACGCCUGAUAGUCGGAGCCGUGGUCGACGAGGGACUCAUCACCAUCCAUCACCUGAAGAAGAGAAAGUCGAGCGCGCGGGCGAACAUCACGCUCUCCGGGAAGAAGAAGAGGAAGCUGAUCAAACAGCUGCAGCACAUGCAGCAGGAGAAGGCCAGCAUGGAAGUGGCAGCGGCAGCAGCGGCGCCGAAGAAACCGGAGUCCUCGUCAGCUCCGACCAAGAAGAAGAAUAAGAAGAAGAAGAAGAGAGCAGCCGGGUCACAUGAUGACGUAGAGAUGGCCGACGCCGAAUGAAGAGAGGACAAGAUCUCGGCUCGUUUCUCAGACGUGUGGACAGGCGCAGUCCAUCUCAGAACUGAACUCUUUUCUUCUUUUUAGAUUAUUUUUUUGGACAUUUUUAGGCCUUUUAUUGACAGGACAGCUGAAGACAUGAGA